CGGGCUCCCGCAGAACUUGGGCUUGGGCUUUUCUGAGUAACCGCCCCGCGCCGGCCCCGACAGGGCCUGGCCCACUCCGUCCCCGCGUCCCGAGGGAGAGCCAGGCCAGGCAGGGACGGAUGCCUGGGGGCGGCGGCACCGCAGGUGGGCAGGGGCCUUGCCCGGCUACAAUGCAGCCAUUUAUGCACCGGGCCGAGCCGGGACCCGGGCACCCAUUUUGUGGAGGUGACUACCGAGGCUCAGGCCCUGGCGCAGUGGCGGGACUAGAACGCGCUCCCCGGCCCCGCCCACGGGCUCAGGAAACAGCCGUUUCCUUGAGGGCGGGGCUGAGCGCCGCGGAGGCACCACGUGACUCGGUCUCCGUGGCAACGCCGUAGCGCGUCUCAACCUCCCUCCCUCUUCUCUCCCGCCUCCGGGGUGAAUCCCCGCCUCCCGCUUCUCCGGCCCAGCGAGAGGGGAGGAACCGUCGGGCCUCGGGGCUCCGGAAGCGCGGCCCGCCCUCGUCCCGCCCCCUCACGGCCGCGAGUGGACGACCGGGGGAGAACGUCAUUUCCAGAGCCUGAGAGCGAGCCCAGUUACCGCGGCGCCGGCGCUUGCGUCACUUCCGGCGCGGUGUUUGGUAGCGGCGGCAACGGCGACAUGGCUCUGAACGGAGCAGAGGCCGGCGAAUCGGAGUGGGAGCCGCCUUCCGAGGCCGAGACCAAGGUGCUGCAGGCGCGACGCGAGCGGCAGGAUCGCAUCUCCCGCCUCAUGGGCGACUACCUGCUGUGCGGCUACCGCAUGCUGGGGGACACGUGCCAGGACUGCGGGACCAUUUUACUCCAAGACAAACAGCGAAAAACUUACUGUGUAGCUUGUCAGGAGCUGAAUUCAGACGUGGACAAAGAUAACCCAGCUCUGAAUGCCCAGGCUGCUCUCUCCCAAGCCCGUGAACACCAGCUAGCCUCCUCAGAGCUCCCCACUGCUUCUCGACCAGCCCCACAGCCCCCUGUCCCCCGGCCAGAGCACUGUGAGGGGGCAGCUGCCGGGCUCAGGGCUGCCCAGGGGCCUUCUCCCACCUUGGCUCCCACAGCAUCUCUGGCCCCAGAUGUCUUGGCAGCCUCCCAGUCGGCUUUACUUCAGAAACUUGCCUGGGCCUCGGGAGAACUGGGCCCGAGCACCUCUUUGGAAGGAAGCAUCCAGCUCUGCACCCUGAUCCGGGUCUGUGCUGAAGCCCUGCAAGGCAUUCGGCAGCUGCAACAGUGAGGGGGCCCGCAGAAGAAGGGCCCCGGGGGGCUGGACUUGUCCAGUGUAUGGGUCCAGGGUUUAUUAUGAAUAGCUGCAAGAGAAAGGCACAGAAAAAA